UCACAGACAACUCUGUGGGCAAGAAAAGAUUUUCAAUAACACAGAAAACAAAGUGAUUAACUGUAAAUUUCAGGAUAUGUAUGAUAAAUUCUGCAAGUGUCAGACAAGUUUGUUGUUGUUGUAGUGAUAUUAUCUUACAUGGCCUUUAAGGAGAUCUUUUGUCUGACAGGUGCUUUUGUUCCUCAGAACAAAAUCUCAGCUCCACUUUUAGCUUUGUUCUGCUCCCCUCCCUAAAUUCCAAAGGCUCUGUGGUUCACUAAUAACGCUAAAUACAACAGGAAAUCUGGCGUGUUAAGCUAACUGAUUUUAACAAAAUCAUUAAGAGACAAUUGUCCACCUGGCAAGUCUUAGUUAAUACGUUUUAGUAAAGUCUUUGUAAGUAAUAAGACACUGGUACUGUGUUAUGUCCAGUUCCUGCAGGGUCAUGUUCAUAUGACUUCUGUCUAAAGAAACUAAAUUCUGGUUAUAAUGCAGUCGCCAUCUGAUAUCUCAGGCUCCCCUGUCAUUUUCUGUCUUUAAGCUUAAUCUUAUUCUCUGCCUUCUCACCUGUUAACACAACCCGCCACCAUGGAUUCAUGCUGUUUAUCCUAUUUAAAAUACCUUAAAAACAAAGUAAGGAUUCUUACUUUAACAUGAUUUGUUUUCAUUAUGAGAACUGACAGACUUUGUUUUACCAAAGGAACAAAAAUUAAAUCUCUUACCCGUCAGUUCCCAGCCAACUCACACCAAACAGGUAUAGUCUUCCUGUUUAGUAAGUGUGCGUGUGUGUGUGUGUGUGUGUGUGUGUGUGUGUUUGGGAGUGUUUGCACAAGGGAGGCUCAGCUGGUUUCCUUGGCAGUGGAAACAUAAAGUAUGCAAAUACAGCCAGUGGCUCCACCUCUUGAGCUGAAAAGGUAAAGAGCACAAACAGAGGAAGGAUUUCUCUGAGAGACAGCACAGAAGAUCCUGCUCUGAGUAGGGAACGCAUAGGUUAACUCUGAGAAAUAUGUUGAGACAAAGUCUAACACUCUGCUGUUGGAGUGGGAGUGACACAAGGUGAGAAAUGGAGAGAGAGGAAGGUCAGGACACAAGCAGGGGUCUGUCCAGUCUGGCCCUCCUCCUCAUCCCAACAUCCUGUUUACCUGCUUGAAGGGUUUGAAAGGAGCUCUGUGUGUGUGUUCAUGUUUGAGGCAGGGGGUAGGGAGAGCAGAAAAGGGGACUACCGUUACUAUACCUCCUCCUCACAGACACCAACAGAAGGGAGCAAUAAAGCCUACAAGACGCUCAUCAAGCAGAAAAUAAGACCAUUAGAUCAGUAGAUGCAUUCUCACAGAGACAUGCCUUGUAAACUCUGGCUUGCUCUUUCACUGUGGCUUUUGCUGCCAACUUCUGAAGCUGGAAGGCAGAUGCCAAAACUUUCUGACAAGAAACUCUGCGCUGACUCUGAAUGCAGUCAUCCCAUCUUGAUAGCUCGUGCGCUGCAGGACUACUACCCUGGAGACUGCAGGUUCAUCCCCAUCAGGCAGGGGCAGCUUGUCUAUGUUUAUGCAAUGCUGAAAGACAGAGGGAACCUCUUCUGGGCUGGCAGUGUACAAGACUCCUAUUAUGGACAGCAGGAGGCUCGCAUUGGCCACUUCCCCAGCAGCGUAGUGGAGGAGAUGCACCUUCUCAUGCCAGCCAACAGUGAAGUCAAAACUACUAAAUGGGACUUCUACUGUUACUAAUGUCACGUUCAAGAACAAAGAGAACAACGUUCCUCUCAACUAUGUUGAUAUAUAUAUCCACACUCCUGCUCUACACAGCAAUAAAUGAUUUCAUUAUCAAAAUUUCAAAGAGCUGAAGCAAAAAAUGCUGCUGUUUAAUGCUUUGUCUGUUGUAUUCAUUAAUAUAAACUUUUUCUAGUCUGCAUUCUCUGUAAUGCUCCAUUAUUUUGCUUAUAUUUGUUUGCCGUGUAACAAAAUGGCAUUAGCCCUUAUGCAUCCCUAAGUACAUUUUUAUCCAGAGGGACACUUUUGGGUGGAUUUUAAAGGAUGGCGUGAGGGUUAAACAAAGUUGUUGUUUUUUUGUUUUUUUUUAAAAAGAGACAAAUAUAAAUUGUGAUUUAUGCAGUUUGUAAUACUAAUACAUUUUCUUGAUGAUUGUGUAACACAAAAUAAAAAACCUAAUAUGAGUGACA